CCUCCUUCCGCAGCGCCCUCCAUUCUGCAUGCCCCAGGACUCUCACCUGCCCCAGCAGGACCCCGCCCGCGCGGGGGAGGCCGCCCCCCUCGCGUCCAGCCCGCGCGCAGAACAGUGCAAGGUGCAGGAAGCGCAAAGCCUGUGUGGGCGCAGAACUGAGCCGGAGAGCCGGGUAUGGGAUCCACACCUGCGGCCUACAGCGCCCGCUGGGUCCCCGCCCAGCACCCGCGGCCGUCGAGACUGGGGACGGGACGGGGGUGACCAGCCCUACUUAUCUGAGCACCGGUGCUCAGUCUCAGAAAGAAAACCAGGGCCCCAAAGGGAGCAGCGACUGGCGCCGCCCCAGCGGGCAGGGCCCGGGGAAGGGCGUUGCUGGGCCCGGCGGGUCGUGGCACUCCUGCUGGGGCGCGUCCUUCACCCCCGUCUGCUGCUCUGGCGAAACCGGCAGGGCCGCGCUCUCGGGGGAGCGUGUGCCCCAGGGGCGCAGCGCCUGGCAUGUCUACCUCUUCUGGCUCCGCCGCCCCCCCGCCCCUCAUCCAAGCUGGUGGAUGUGCCCCGACCCAGCCGGGGAGGGAGCCGGACUGGGGACGGCAGAAGCCCCGGGACCAGUGGCCUUUGGCUUUCCCAAGCCCGAGUUUGUUUUGCCUGCCUGGAGGUGCGAACCUCUGGAGGUGAGCGCAGGCCGACAGCGGCUGCCUCCAAGCCUGCGGGAUUUGCUCUAAACAGCGUCUGGACUCCCCAGCCACGCUGUCUCGCGGGAGGGCCCCCACCCAGGCCGCCCGCGUGGAGCUGGGUGGAGUCGACAGCGCACCCUCUGCUCACAGGCAGCUGCGUGGAGGAGGGGUCCUCACAACCCGCAGCCCCACUCGAAGCUGGGGUGUCAGAGAAGGGCCCAGUCCAGCUCUGGUGCCCCGCAGAGCCCCUUCCCCCCCUCGCCAGCUCCCGCACAAUUCCGUGGGUGGAGGCUGGGCCACGGAUGAUUUCAUCAGUCUGGGCCACGUUUCUAAGUCAGAGUCUAGGAGGUCUCUGAGAGGCAGCCCGCUGAUCUGUAAGCAGCCACUCGGCGAAUAC